AAAAAUCAUUUUAUGCUCUGCUUUAUUGGUUACAAACAGUAAACAAUCAACACCAGAACCAGUUGUACGAGAUAAUAAGGAAAGGGAAAUUGUAACUGACGUUUGGGGCGAGUGAAUCGAGUGAGAAUGAGAGGUUAACUUUUUAACUUGUUUAGCAUUGGCAUUUGACAGUGACUCAUGAUCUGUGAUUAAUUCAAAAAAGUUUAUUUCCAAAAUUUUGUUACAAUGACUGAAACAUCGAAAAUGGAGCAAGUUGUUAUGACCCCAAAGUGCAAAACUGCCAAUUCUACAACGUUAAUAAUCGAAAGGAAGAUUGUACAAAAUGUUAGCGACGAUAAGGUACACAUAGCAGGCGGUGAUCAUACAGGAAUUGUGGUAAACAAACAAGCAGCUACAGAAAAUGGUGAAACCGUUCCUGCACAAUUAUCACUGGAGUUUCGAGUAUUUUUAGUUAGCGCCCAAACUGGUAAACAUACACAAGAAUCGCGAAUACUACGAUACUGGUUUAGACCACAUCUCGACACCCACAUCCCCAAUGCAACGGAACAUACGACUGUCGCUCAGGAAUUUUUCAAAGAAUUGGUUAGCCCACAGGAAUUUCCUCGAGAUUAUGUCGGUUUUAUAAAAAAAAUUAUGAAGCUAAUGCAACAUAAUUAUCACACGAUUAAUAAAUUGGAAGUGGAACUUCGUCAACUGGAUGACACUGUCGUACCUACAAGGCCUUCUCGGCCAGGUUAUCUUCAUAUUCAUCUCGCUCCAUAUUAUUCUCGUUCAGUGUCUGCAGACGAAAAUUCAUUGGGCUACCUUCAAACGCUUUCAGUACAAAAAGUUUUAGAACUUAUAGAAUCAGCAUAUCCAAAUCCAAUUACAAUACAAGAUAUAUCAAAAGGCAAUAAUUGGGAUGAAGAAGAAGUAGCUCAACAUAUGUCGCAAUUGCAAACGAGAGGGCUUGUAAAAGCGAUGGAUCAUGGUGCUUUCACACGCCAGCAAUCUCAAGACACUCAAGUAACGAUUGUUAAGCAAAUGCCAACUAUGGCCACCGCUAAACAACCCACCAUUGCAAUUAUCACCGCUCAGUAUUGCGAGAAGUUAGCUGUAGAUGCGAUGAUAGAGAAUAAGGAAACUUAUGUUCGUUAUACAACAGUUGGUUCAUGUACCAGUCCAUCAAGUGACCUUCAUCGGGCACGAUUUGGUGAAUCGAAUGUAUACACCUUAGGUAACAUUGGCGCUCAUCGAAUUGUGUGCACUAAGUUGCCAUCGGUGGGACAUACAAGGGAAGCUAUGACUGCAGCUGGUAAUACUACAACUAGACUCUUGGGAACGUUUCAAAAAGUGGAUUAUGUUUUCCUGGUUGGUGUCGCCGGUGGAGUUCCACAUUACACAGAUUAUAACAAACACGUACGCUUGGGUGAUGUUGUAGUAUCAUGUCCAGUUAAGGACAGGUAUAUCUACUUAUACUGUGAAAGCGCAAAGAAGAACGAAAAGGGAUACGACUAUGAAACAAAAUCCUACAAUCCUUCUAACUUAAAUUUACAACAAAUCGCAGCAGAUUUAAAGACAUCUUCCGACAAUGACAAUAAGUCUUCCCCUCCUUGGUUAAAGUAUUUAAGAGACGGUUUGAAUAUUUUAUCGUGUCAACCUGAACCAGACUUCCGACCUCCAAGCUCGGAAACUGACAAACUGUAUAUGAACAUUGGAGAGAGAGAUUUAAUUGAAGUGGCUCAUCCUGUACCUCAAGAUAAGGCAACAAAAAGGCAAGAAGGUUGUCCAAGAGUGCAUCUUUCACCAAUUGCAUCCGGUAGACAAAUUGUACGAGAUGAUCAGCUAAGACAACAAUAUGCUACUCAUGUCGGCGCGCUUGCAUUUGAUUGCGAGUUUGACGCUGUAAUCGAAUCGAUUUUGGGUAACUGUAAGGAUAGUUUCAUAUGUGUAAGAGGUGUAUCGGAUUAUAAGGAUGGUACACGACGCAAGGAGUGGCAACCGUACGCCUCUCUAGCUGCGGCUAGCGUAAUGAAGGCUAUUAUUUGUGGAAUGGAACCGCCAACUAACGUUUAAGCACUGCCAAUUAGAUAGUAAAUUAGAGAUUUAUUCAUUGUUAAGUAUGCAAGGGCUCUCUUCACACAAUGAAGACAUUCUCGUUAGGAUGUCAUUGUUACUUAGUCAGACCAAUACCAGUUACCAUUAUAGUUGUUCCUCAAUUCCUAUGAACAGAGAAUAGAUUUUAGACUAUGUAGCUAAAUUAAUAAAUUAUUACAUUGUAGGUCAAUAAUGUUUAAUUAUACAGUGUAUGUUUACAAAGACGUCAUUGUUAGAAAACUAAUCGUUUUUUUUUGCUUCUUAUACACUGUAUAAUUUUACAAAUAUACAAAAUUAGCAUGAUUUAGCUUAGGCAAGUAUAUUUAAAAAAUGCAUUUCAUCAUAAAGUGUGGGUAAUAAUUACAAAGAAGUUUAACACAACAUGUGGUAUAUCUUGUCGGUAAGCUGUUAGAUUUUCCUUUUCAAUACUGUGAGCUAUAUACCAAUUGUAAUGGUCAUAUAUUACUAAAUUAAAUUUUAGGAAGUUGGGACGUUUUAGUCAGUCCGUUGAUCUUGUAGUGCAGGCUGUAUACUUUUUUAUAUUGUUGAAAUAUUUAUUUUUUACUGAUAAGAAAUGUAAAUUUUUUGUUAAUUUCGAUAUUUACAUCAUUAUUUUUUAUAUGUUAUAUUACAAUGAUUGGUGAACAGUAGUGGAACAAGUAUUACAUCAGUUAUCAAAAUACAGUACAACCUCGUUAAUCCGAAUAGAUUCGGACCACCGACCUUUCGGAUUAUCGCGAAACUAGUGAAAAUAAUAAAUUUGGACACAAGCAUUAAGAAAUACACUUUAUUCUUUUCAACGUCUUCAGGGGUGUCAUCGUUGUUACGAGGAACGAAAUUAUUUCGGACUAUCGCGAUUUCGGAUUAGCGUGUAUUUGGAUUGUCGAGGUUGUACUGUACACUGUUCCAGACGAUUUCUGAAUGGCACUAAUGUUAAAAUAUGUCAAAUAAGUUUAAUUGAAAUUAUGAAUAUUCUAGUCAAUUAGAAAAUUUGUAAAAGUCUGAUAUUUAGUAAAUUCUUUUCAGUUCAGAAUCAUUGUAAAUUUUUCAUAAAUAUGCCAUAUUUUGAUAAUCAUUUGUUCUCAACUGUAUAGGUUGUGGGUUUAUAUACUUUUAUCUCUUAGUUUUAGCAUAGUGCUCUUAAUUGAGUUUUUUUAAUGAACAUUACCAAUUUUUGAAGUACUGCCAAAUUGUUUGUUUAAUCGAUUCAAACAGUUCGUUAGGGGCACUAUUUUAUAGUUAAUGUAUAAGACUGGGUACGUUGGUAAUAAUUCCAUACUAAAUUUGGCAACAAAGGAAUUUUAUUUGUGUUGCUAUUUUAUAUUGGCCCUGAAAAUGAUUAUAUUUCACUAAACUGUUUUAUUAAACAUACUAAAAAACAUUAAUAGCACAUACAUACAUGUCUUCUAUAAUAUCUACUAUUUCUAGACCAAUAUGUACAGUGUAAUUAUCUUUUAGGAAACAGAAAAUCUUUAUAGACAUUGUUAUUAACUUUGUUUUAAAUAUAUUUAUAUUAACAAACUA